AUGAGCAAUUCCGUCUCUGUUUCCUCGAGCACAUCUACUGAUCGAGGGUAUACAACCUCAAAAGCUCAAAAUCAACAAGGUAGGUUUCAGAGGAGCAAAAAGAAGUGGUCUUUUUUUGUUCAUCGCAAACUCCCCCGCCUGCAUAAGUCGAUAACAAGAUAUCCAACGGUUGUUGGUGUACGUAUCAAGCAAUCAGUAGGAUUCCGGAUUCGAAAGGUCAUAUAUGCGAUUGAUGAGACUAUUAGUCCCUUGCUCAAAAAGCUGAUACCGAAUUUCAUAGUUGCACACUAUGUUUACAUUUUUUGUCUGGCAAUACUUGGAUCUAUUUUGAUAUAUCCGCAGCACAAUAUCUCCUAUAUUGAUGCCUUAUUCUUUGGAACGGGUGCAGCAACUCAGGCUGGUCUCAACACGGUGAAUGUGAAUGACCUCACGCUAUUCCAACAGCUCUCGAUAUACUUUAUUUGCAUGAUUAGUACGCCCAUAUUUAUACAUUCCAUGGUUGUGUUUAUCCGACUGUACUGGUUCCAGAAGAGCAUGGAUGAUAUUAAGGAGAAGUCCGCCAAGAACUUCCGGAUGCGUCGGAGUGCCACCUUGGCUGCGAUUAGAACUAUGACCAUGGACAACAACAGAAAUAACAGCAUUGUCCCAAAUAAGACACAGGAUGGCUCAGAUUACAAUACACACAAUGCACAAGAGGAAUUGGAUACCAGACUGCAGAAGUUCAACCACAGCCUCAGGGAGAAUCGCCAUAAGGAUAUCAAGGCAGUGAGCACGGAGGAUAUUCCCGCAGAUGGUGAAGAUAUAGAGUUGAAAAGCAUGAGUUCGGCAAAAAGUGCAACACAAUCCACAUCUGCCCUUGCUCCAUAUGAGAAUGCGGAUGAUCCGGACGAUGUGGUAAUAUACAAUGGUGUGGAACACCACAGUGAGCCGAGUGAUGAUGAAGAGGAGGCUGAGAUUGGGAAGGAAAGCCGGAAUGGAGAGAGUCGUCAGCACGAUAAUCGUAAUAUGACGAGUGGAAAGCUGGAAAGCAGUCCGGAUGGCAGAAGUAAGCAAGAUGAAGAAAGUAAUGAUGACGAGGAAGAAGAUGGGAAACUUCCAAUUCGGCAAGUCAAAACCAGAUCGUCUCCAAAGAAGCAGGAUAUCCAGUUUGCGGAACUCCCAAGGCCAGACAAGAAAAGAGCGGGAAAAAGAAGAAAUAAGGAUAUCGACCCGCGAGAUUUGUACAUGUCGAUUUCCAUGAUGCAGCACAGAAGCCACCAGAAUAACGUUGAUGUGGAAUCUGGCCCUGCACUACACAUAAAUGGGCCGGCCGAAAGAGAAAGACUCAGGCUUCCUGGUCAUCAUCAUAGGCACAGAAAGUAUCACAGGCAGAGAAGGCACCAGAGAUUGAGGCUUUUAAGGCAGCAGGCCCAGAGAGACUUUCUUGCAAGAGAUGAGUUGCAUGAGAUGGAGAAGGAGGAUGGAGGAAAGAACGGGGCGGAAUCCGAUGCAAGCGAUGAUGAUAACUACCGAGAUUCAUUCAACAACCUUAGAGGCACUGUUGCAAUGUGGAAACGUCAUUGGUCACGUGGUCUUUCUUCUGGGUCGCCUAUGAAGGAAGGUGAGAGGCCGUUAAAGGAAAUCAAGGAAGGUGUGCCUGAAAGUGAUGCUUCUGAGAAUGCUAUCAGUGAUGGAGAAAGCGAGAUAUCUGGGUCACGUGCCCGCGAUAGUAAUAAAGACCCGGAAACGCUCAGAAAGAAAGGGCAGAUGUUUGUGUCAGCUGCAAAACGUAGAUUUUCAACCUCACCUACUAUGGAAAGAGGAGGUAGUAUGGGAAUGGGCAUCUUGCCCAAAUUAAGCAAAAGACUAACCAAGACGUUCACCCAGAGAUCGUUCCGGACUCCUAGCAAUGUCAACCCAGCCGAUAUGACCGAUGAUGAGCUCAUUAGUCUGUAUUCAAGAACAGGUGCUUUGCAUAAGGCGCACUAUCUUUCCUGGCAUCCAACUGUUGGUCGUAAUUCGACUUUUGUUGCACUAACUGAGUCACAGCGUCAAGAAUUGGGUGGUGUUGAGUAUCGUUCUCUUAAGUUGUUGUCUGUGAUCCUUAUGUUUUAUUAUAUAGGUUUUCACCUGCUCUCGCUUGCCUUCUUCUUGCCGUUCAUACUAAAAAAGAAGAAUUACCAGAAGCAGGUUGAGGAAGAUGGCAUCUCACCAACUUGGUGGGCUUUCUUUACGGCACAGACAGUUUUUAACGAUUUGGGAUAUACAUUGACACCAGAUUCAAUGAUGGCAUUUAACAAGAAUGCAUACGUGCUCAUAUUGGGAAGUUUUUUCAUCGUGAUAGGGAACACUGGAUUUCCAAUCUUUUUACGAUUCAUCAUCUGGAUUUUAUACAAACUUUCGAGGCCCUUGACGAUGUAUCACGAGUCAUUGGCAUUCCUACUGCAGCAUCCCAGAAGAUGCUUCACCUUGUUAUUUCCCUCGGCACCUACAUGGUGGCUUUUUGCUGUUUUGGUUGUGUUGAAUGCUACAGACUGGAUAUUGUUUUUGAUCUUGGACUUCUCAAACAAGAGUCUCCAGGAUAUCCCAAAGGGUUACAGGGUCUUGGAUGGUCUUUUCCAAGCAUUUUCAACAAGAACAGCUGGACUUUCUGUUGUUAACAUUGGAUCCUUGCAUUCUGCCAUUCAGGUCAGUUACAUGAUCAUGAUGUAUAUCUCUGUCUUGCCGUUGGCUAUUUCGAUUCGUCGUACGAAUGUUUAUGAGGAGCAAUCUUUAGGAAUUUAUCUGGAUGACGAUGAAGAAGCGUCACAAAAUUCCCGUUCAAGCAAAGGUCCAGGUUCAUACAUCUCGAUGCAUUUAAGAAGGCAGCUUUCGUUUGAUUUAUGGUUUAUAUUCCUUGGCUUAUUUAUUAUUUGUAUUUGUGAGAAUAGCCGUCUUCAGUCCGGAGACUACAAUUUCCAGGUCUUUGGAAUUCUCUUUGAAAUUGUGUCUGCAUACGGUACAGUUGGUUUGAGUAUGGGUUAUCCGAACUACGAUCCAUCGUUUUCGGGUCAGUUAACCACUCUUUCGAAGCUAGUUAUUAUUGCAAUGAUGAUUCGUGGAAGGCACAGAGGUUUGCCUUACUCGAUUGAUCGUGCUGUUAUUCUCAAUACAAACAGUAUGAAGGAAAGAGAUGAGUUGCAGGCUUACAGGACUUUACGCCGGUCCCAGACCAUGGCAUCUAGAGCUGCUACUCGGUAUUCCACUCAAAGUGGAGCUUCUAGUGCCGAAAUUGAGUCUGAGGAUCAGAAUAAUGACGUUCCACAUUCACCUUGGAAAAGAGCCUUGGUGAAUGUAGGAGAGUUAACGAAGAAAGCUGUUAAAGGAAUGUUGAUGGGUCCAGGACAGGAAGUUAACCACAAGAGAUAUCCUACGGAGACCAUUGAAAACUCAUUUUAUGGGAAUGGUAAUGAUGAGGAAGUGAGUGCGAAUGAUGAUGAUGCAGAAGGUGAUGUUGAUGGUGAAGCAAAUGGUGAGGCUGACAGUGGUAUGAAUGAUUCCAGGCAUGGUGGAAGCGUUUCACUUAGAAGUAAUAGAUUUUCUCGCGGACAUCGAGCCGGGGAAUCAUUUAAUUUGAGAAGCACUCCUUCCAGAAGUAGAAGUGUUAGCAGUUACAGUACUUCGGGUUCUGAAUCCGAAGAUGAUGCAGCAAGUAGCUACUCGGGAGUUUCACGCUCUGUUAUUGAGCCAGAGGAAAUUUCCGAUUCUGUUUACAAUAAAAGGAACUCUGUCAAUGCUAGGCACAGCAUAAAUGAUUCAAAAUCUACCCGGGAAAAUGCAACGGGCAGCUCCAUUGAUAGAAAGAUAGAAGUUGGUUUGACAUCCAGGAAUUUUUUCACUUCGAGAGCUUCAUAUGUUGCUGCUAAGAAGCAAGCUCCAGAGAAGAAGACAGAGAUAAAUAAAAGUGAAGCAGUUUCCGAAGCUGUUGGAAAUGAAAUCACGACGGAUCCUCAAUUGGAUCUCAAGGUGCUCUCACAUUUUCAGUAUCUUUCUGAUUUUUAUUCUCCUAGAAUUACAGAGCAGAUUAUGCGUGCUGAGUCUGUUGUGAAGCCUUCAGAGUAUGCAAACAGGAAGUUUGACCCAACUGUUUUCGCGCCACACUAUCUAGAUGACCUAAUACAUGAUGAUACCAAGGCAUCCACACUUGCACAAAACUCAGAUGACUUUAUGAGUCUUCCGAAACCAAGUGCUAGCUUAAGUCAUCGGAAGAAAGUAGGUGCCAAUAAUUCAGAAGAGACAUCUGAGAUGCAGGAGCUUGCCAGACAGUUGUCGCUAUCGACUCAUCUUGAUGCUGACUACAUCCAGAAAUUAAGUUCGAAGACUCUAAUUCUCAAAACGGUGAGGAACCAGACUUCUAAGGGUAAGAUCAAUUCUUUUUAUGCACUUGUUUGCGCAGGGGACAGGAAUGGAAUGCUUGGAAUAGGAGAGGGAAAAGAUCCGGAGGAGCCCAAUAUGGCCAUUUUAAAGGCCCACUGGCAGGCGGUUAAGAACUUGGUUGCUGUUCCUAGGUUCGAAAGAAGAACUAUAUAUGGAAGUUGCGACUCCAAGUAUGGUGCUACCAUCGUUCAACUAAGAUCAUCACCUGCCGGUUCCGGACUCAGAUGCAACCCGAUGAUUUUUGAGUUGGCACAGUGUGCUGGCAUCAAGGACUUGAGUGCAAAUGUUUACCGCUCGAGGAAUAAGAUGAAUGUUGUGAAAUGCACAAUGCAGGCACUUCUAAGUCAGAAAUCGACUGAGCAAGUCGAGAGGGAGAGGGGAAAGAAACUUGUGAGUUUGAGACAGGCCUACUAUUCUGGAAACUGA